UCGGUCGUCCAUGAGAUCAAUCACAUCCGGAUAGGAACUUCUUCAAGGUUGGCUGGCUGACACGUGUCGAGGCUGAUGGCGGCGGUCAUCAACAUUUACGAGCGGAUAAGAUCAUUCCGUUGUUUUGUCGUUACCUGCUCCUAUGUCGUUGUCCUUCUGACAACGUGCGCCUCUAGAGCACGAGCAUCGCCGACGACGACGAGGGCGACAGCUGGCGGUUGCGGGAGUCCUAAUGCCGCACGUAAUCUCUUCUGCCCGAAGCCCGGUCUGAAGUGGCAGAUCCAGUUCGUCGGCCGCCUGCAGGUCAGCGCUGGGAUCCCGAUGUACGACAUCGAUCUGUUCGACACGCCGAAGACGACGAUUGCCAGUCUUAAGAAGAGCAAGCAUUUUGUGGUGUGCUAUUUUAGCGCGGGAACGCGCGAAGAUUGGCGCCCGGACGCCAACAAGUUUCCCGCGAAAACUGUCGGCAAACCUCUCCCUGACUGGGAUGGCGAGAGAUGGCUGGACAUUCGCUCGACUCUCGUGCGACAGGUCCUUGCCGCGCGUCUGGAUCUCGCCGUCCGAAAGGGCUGCCACGCCGUCGAUCCCGACAACGUUGACGCUUUCACCAACGACUCCGGCUUUCAGCUCACAGCCGCUGAUCAACUCGAUUUCAACCGUUGGAUCGCGAGAUCCGCGCACUCCAGGGGGCUGUCCGUCGGUCUGAAGAAUGAUCUCCGACAGGUGGCUGCCCUCGUCAAUGACUUCGACUUCGCCAUAAACGAACAGUGCAACGCGUACACAGAGUGUUAUUACCUCGACCCGUUCAUUAAGAAAGGCAAGGCGGUCUUCAACAUCGAGUACGUCGAGAGGACCUCCCAGGCAGCGCAACUCGCCAAACGCAUUUGCCCGACGAUGACGAAGAAGAAGUUCUCCACCAUCAUCAAGUCAAAUGACCUCAAUGCCUGGCGCUACAGCUGCUGACUUGUCCGUUAGAGUGGGAAUGCAGGUGCGGCUGGUGAUGAUGCUCGCAAAGGGGGAGGGGGAGAGCGGUGUAUGCUGUAGUUUCACCCCGCGUUGCAAUCGGUGAAGCAAGGCAACGAAGAAGAAGAAGAAGAAGAAGAAGAAGAAUACAAGGACGACGAGGAGGAGGACAGCGAACACCACGAUGAGUGAGAUGGGGAGAACAUGAUGACGACCAUGGUGAUGGUUGCUGGAGUUCCUCCAAUUAGAAAGAAAGACCAUUAUUGCUGCAUGUGCCUUGAGGUUUCACAAGGAUAAAUAAGCUCUUUUUUUUUCUUUUUUCUUUUUUUUUUUUCCAUGUUCCCGCCAUUUAGGAAUGGCAAUUGUCAAAGACAUCCCAGGACAAACGGACGUGACACCCGCCAUUCCAAAUGAAUCUUGCAGUACCAA